GGAGAAUAAUAAAAAAUAAAAAAAGAGAGAAAAUAUGUGAGCAAGAGAGGGGAUAUCAAAUUGUAAUUAGGAAUAACUACUAGUAAUUAAAUCAAAUUUAAGCUAAAUGUAAUUAUCCAAAACUAUUUGAAUUUGAAUAUGAAAAGAACGCCCGAUUUCCCCAAAUGCAGACCUAGGGUUUGGGUUUUGCAAUAAUCAGAGGAAAUGGGGGAUUCAUCAUCAGGAGAAGAAGAAGGGAAGGUUCGAGGAGGAAGGCAGGAGCUAAUUGUAGAUGAUGAGUUGCGGGAGAUGGGUAAAAAAGCAGCAUGGAGUGUCAGCUCUUAUAAACCGGGCAAUGCUGUUCUUUCCCUUCGCGAUGAUAACCUUGAUACCUAUUGGCAAUCAGAUGGUGCACAACCUCAUCUUGUUAAUGUUCAAUUUCAGAAGAAAGUUAAGCUUCAAUUAGUCGUCCUGUAUGUUGAUUUCAAGCUUGACGAAAGCUAUACACCUGGUAAGGUCUCUAUCCGAGCAGGAGAUGGCUUUCACAACUUGAAGGAGAUAAAAGCAGUGGAGCUUGUCAAGCCAACUGGAUGGGUGCAUAUAUCUUUAUCGGGUAAUGAUCCGCGUGAAACUUUUGUCAACACUUUCAUGCUGCAAAUAGCUGUGCUCUCAAAUCAUCUUAAUGGAAGGGACACUCAUAUCCGCCAGAUUAAAGUCUAUGGGCCAAGACCGAACCCUAUCCCUCUUCAGCCAUUUCAGUUCACUUCUACAGAGUUUGUUACUUAUUCUGCUGUGAGAUGAAGCUCAAGGGACUAUCUCAGGAGGAUAGAUUUCAACAAUAUAUAUUGAUAUCAAAAUGCAAACUGGGGGUUAGAACAGAGUCCUUUUUUCUCCUGAAACAGACCAAUCCCCCUGUUACCAAACCUGAGAUCCGGUUCCUCGGAUGACGUGAGUAAUAAGAGAAUGGAAAUUGGGUCCUGCAAUGGCAGAACCUCGUGAACCAGGCUUACUACUUGACUACUUGCUUUUCUUCUCUAGGAUAUUGAUCAGUCUUAGGCCCAUUGGAUGUCUAUGGUUGGUUUGUGUUAUUCUAGGAAAUAUCUGUAUACAAUCAUAUUUGGUUUCACAUAAACCUGUCACUAACAACCAUGUUGGUUGUAUUAAUUUGUAGAGUCUCCCAAUUUCUCAGUAAUCUAUCUGCUAUAGUAUACCUGGAAGAGCGGAUUUGCUUGCUGUUUCAGAUGUUUUUGUUUCCAAGGCAUAUUGGCUUCCAAGCUCUAUGUAUCUGCAUUGGGACUGGUCUUACUACCAGUUUCACCUAGAUAAGCUAAACUCCAGAUGUUCUUUUUAUAUGAUCAUUGAUUGAUUCAAAA